CCUUGCCUUCGCUUCAAGGAAGAAUAAAGAAAGAAGCAGCGGCAGUCCACCAAGCCAAGCCCGUCUGCUCCCUCCCUCUCUUCCCAUCUGCAGCGUUGUUCAGAUCGCAACCCUUUGCCUUCUGCCACGACUUUGAUUUGAUUAGCAUGGACAGAAGGCUCGUCAUAAUUCUAUUUGUAGUUGGCAGCUUCUGGAGCUGUGAUGCAAGAAACCUGAUAGCUAAUCAUGUUGCUGGAGGAGUCCUGCAGUUCCCUGACAAACUUUCUACAGGAGAAUCUCAACAUGGGGGAGAAGAGAUCAAGAAUGGCAAGCUGUGUUUGAUGUGUGAAGAGUUUGUCACUGAGGCACUCAAUUAUAUUGCAGACAAUAAAACCCAAUCAGAGAUACUUAAAGUCCUUCACAAAUCCUGCUCCAAAAUACCUCCAUACGAGCAGCAGUGCAUUCGUCUGGUGGAUUAUUAUGCCCCUCUAUUUUUCUUAGAGGCUUCCAAAGCUCACGCUGAAGAAUUCUGCACUAAGUUUGGUCUUUGUGGGCAAGGCAUUCCCAUUUCACAACCUCUCUACAAGGAUAAAUGCAAAGUAUGCCAUGAUGUCAUUACAGAGGCUCUUCUGAAGUUGGAAGAUCCUGAUACCGCGAUGGAGAUUGUUCAGCUGCUUCUGAAGGCUUGCGACUCAGUUGGGAAAAGUGUGAAAAAGUGUAAGAGAUUGGUGUUUGAGUACGCGCCUGUGAUUCUUGUGAAUGCGGAGCAGUUCCUGGAAGCAAACGAUGUUUGCACCAUACUGCAUCUCUGCAAUUCAACAGCUGCUGCAGGCGGAGAUGGUGCGGAGGAGAAGGAAGAGGAAGUGUCAACAGCAUCAUCAAUGCCCAUGCAUGCUUCCUCGUGAUUCUUUUGUGACGGUGCCCUGUCAUCGUUUUAUGUACCAUACUCAAUUUGAUGCGCUCUGCUCUGCUUGUAUAGCCAGCCAGCCAGCCAGCCAGCCAUAUGAUAUAAGAUUGUUUGAUUUGAUGCGUGGUUGGUCCUCCGGGGCUGGCCUGACCUUGACCUUGAGCUUGAUGAUUGAUGCAUACAUACAUAGUACAUGUGUAUGAUAAUAUUGCUUCCACUUUUACUCUUUUAAAUGGCCGGUCUCCUCCUCCUCCAA